CUGAAAUGUUUCUUCUUUUUUUCUGGAAGUGCAAAAGUAUGUUGAUGAAUGAUCAGAAGGUGCUAAUAGUCCAAGAUGAUUUCUGGAAAAUUUGCAUCGUUUCCAUCAAACAAGUCCUUCGAGGUUCAUGGCUUCAGACUGGUGGCAAAAUCAAGCUUCUUGUUGUCAUUCAGGCAUUCAAGAGUUCUACGGGAUGUGGAGCACUGCUAAGUUGUGACAGAUAUUUGCAUUCAAGUGCAAAAAGCAAUAAGAAAAAAGAAGACAGAGAGGAAGAAAUUCAAGAAAAGAUGGUCGAAUAUUCAAAAGAUGCAGCGAUUUCAGAGAUAUCGAAGCUAGCUGAAAUGCAACAGGUUGAAUUUGAAAUAGCAGUGGAGGCAGGCAAGCUCAACGUGGUUGCUGUAGAAUAUGCCAAGAGAUUUGAGGCAACACAUGUGAUCCUUCAUAGGUACUCACAAUUUGCAUCUCUCUGACAUGGUAUUCUAUAGCUACUAAAA